AUGUUCCCUCCACCGGACGAACCGUCGAUGUCGACGAAGAAGACGAGGAAGACGAGGUUCAUAUGUAUGGGUGAUACGCAUAAUUUAUCGCCGUAUCAAGGUGGGUUUAAGGUACCGAAGGGCGAUGUGCUGAUCCAUGCUGGGGAUAUGACGAAGCAAGGAACGUAUGCGGAGUUGAAGAAGACGGUUGAUUGGAUUGAGAGGCUGGUGAAGGAAGGUGUGGUUGAGAAGGCCAUUGUUAUUGCUGGAAACCACGAGCUAACCCUCGACCCCCCGUUCUACACCUCAUAUGGACACAAUUGGCAUACCCAAGAUCCACAAGACUCUGAUACAUGUCUUUCUCUGUUCGCUCCACCGACUCUUCAUCCCUCAAUUACCUUCUUGGACCACUCAUCGGCUCAUAUAGCCCUCACUUCUCCUACCGGUCCUGGUACUCAUUUCAAAAUCUUCGGUUCACCAUAUACGCCCAUCCACAUCACAAAGGUUAAUGAACUCUGCGAAGGCAGUAGAUGGGCGUUUCAGUAUCCACCUUUUCCGGCGACGAGGUCUGAAGAGAUCUGGGAUGAUAUCCCAGCGGAUACAGAUGUACUAAUAACCCACGGCCCGCCGUAUUCACACCUGGACGGCUGGCCAAUAUCGGUUGGUCGCCACGGAUCAGUCGAAACCCACAAAGGCUGCGAAGGGCUCCGAAGGGCUUGUUGGAAGAUUAGACCCAAACUCCACGUUUUUGGGCAUAUCCACGAGGGAAGAGGGGUUCAAAGAGUCAUGUGGCGUGAUGGAAAACACGUGGUCGGCAUGGAGGAAGGUUGUGCAUGUUCCUACCUUGAAGCCGAAGAAGAAGGGGAUAAACUAAGGAUUACUUCACCUGGCAGUGGAAAAGUGGAUGAAGAGGGAAGAUUAAGUAUUGGGACUAAACAGAUGGCGGAGAAGGUAGAAGGGUUUACACAUGAUCACGCACAGAUGGAGUGGAUUGAUCCUGGUGCAGUUGAUGAACGAAUCUCGGGGAAGAUGAGUGUAGUUGAUGUUACGAAGAGGACUAGGAUGUUCGGAGGGGUUGGGUUAAGGGAAGGGGAGACUUUGAUGGUUAAUGCGUCUAUCAUGAGAAGUGCUUGGCCAUACAAGGAGGUUAAUAAAGUCGUGGUUGUGGAUAUGGAUUUGGAAGUUUGGAACGGAGGUUAA